CUCAAUAUUUUUUUUACCAUGGCCAACAAAAAAGCUACGUGUUAUAUCUUGAAUGUUCACCAUGAAAUGUCAUUAUUUCCUGAUAAUGCAUUUGAGAAGUCUUUAAAAACAAUUACCUCUUCCAUUGAAGACAGAGUCCUAACAGGAAGGAAGACUGAUUUAGUUUCUAUAAUUCUCUGUGGCACACCGGAAACUCAUAACGCUCUUUCUGACGCAACACCGGGACAAUACGAACACAUUACUACUAUGACACCACUUGUCAUGUCUUCGGUACAAAUGUUACGAGAGCUCUCCAACCUUACUACUGCAGACCCAAAUGUCCCUUCCGCUGAUGUCUUGGAUGCAUUGAUUGUAGCUAUCGAAUUGAUCGCAACACACUGCAAAAAGUUGAAAUACACAAAGCGCAUUGUGAUGUUUACUGACAAUCAGACUCAAAUUGAUUGGCUUGAUUUAUCAGCAGUGGGUGAUAUGUUAAAAAGUACAGAAAUUGAGCUCGUCUUAGUCGGUGCUGAAUAUGAAGAGUUUCAAUCUACAAGUUGUAAUGAAAUUGUUAAAAACAACUAUGAACAUUGGCAAGCGUUGAUCAAAUCUGGCCAUGAAGGGGACAUCAUGAGUUUGGACGAAGCGUAUGCACAGACACAGACUAUUUAUGUUAAGGACGUAAGUGCUCGGCCUUCAUUCCGUGGUUAUAUGUAUUUGGGAAGUAUAAGUGAAAAUUCUACUUUUCUUCCCAUCAGUAGUAACACUUACUUGAGGACCAAACAAACAUCUUUACCUACUUUAAAGAAGUUAUCUGGACUAAGUCAAGGCCCAACCCGUAAAGUGGAGGCUAUUCGAAAAUUCUUGAUCCGCGCUAAUGACGGUAAAGAUGGAGAAGAUGCACAAGAUAUUGAAGUAUCCAAAGAAGAUAUUCAACAAGGCUACAAGUUUGGUAAAUCGGUUGUACUUGUAUCUUCCGAAGAAUUGGCAAUGUCAAAAUUGGUCACUAAAAAGGAAAUGUCAAUUCUCGGUUUCGUGAAAGCAGAAAGUGUACCUAGAUAUAACUUUUUUUCCAAUGUGGUUAUUUUAACCGCUGGGCUAUUUAGAACAGAGCAAUCGGCUGUUGCACUUACCACACUUGCUGAGGCAUUAUUUGAAACAGGUCAUUACGCUCUUGUUCGUUUCGUAACUAGUGAUAAUGCGCAACCAAAAAUUGGUAUCUUACAACCAGAACUGGACGAUGUAUGCCCUGUGCUUCAAUAUAUUGAUGUCCCAUUUGCUGAUGAUAUUCGCAGUCAUAAAUUUAAAUCUUCCAAAAACUAUGAUGAUCAGGAAGAUUUGAAUUUAAUGGAGUCUUUGGUAGAUGCAAUGAGUAAUGAUAGCCUUGGACCCGAUUAUUUAUCACCAGAAUCCAAUUAUAAUCCUAUAGAUUGGCGAGUAAAAACAGCUACUAAAAGGGCCGCAGUAAAUCCUAGUGCACCACUUCCUGAAUUAGACAAGCGGUUUGAUGAUCAGUUUAAAGUUAACCCCGUCAUCUUGGAACAGGUGGGUGAGAUUGGCACAAAGAUCGCGAAAAAAUUCAAUGUCAUCAAAGUGGAUACAAAGGAAAAGAAAAUGUUUGCUCCAGUAACAGACUUUGAAGAUAGAGCCCCCAUUAACGAUCUGCUUGAUUCAGCUAAUGCAGAUACUCGCAAUGUCAACUUCGACACCAUGAUGACCGAACUCCGAGGCGAGCUGACAAUUGGUCUCAGUACACCCGUGGAAGAUUAUUACGCCAUGUUAAAGGCCGAUGCAGAAGAAGAUAUGGUAGAAAAGGCAGAUACGUUAAUGCAAGAAUCUAUCUUUAAAUUACUGAAUUUGUCGUUUGGUAAUCAACAUUAUCAAAAAGUAUUGAACUGUCUUGAAGCAUUAAGAAAGACAUGUGUCGAGGAGGAAGAUGCUUUACGUUACAAUACAGUGAUGCAUGAAUUAAAAUCAUGGUGCAGCCUUUCUACGCCCAAUACACCUCGCCGCCAAAUGUGGGAUAUGGUUAAACAGGCUGGUCUUGGCUUAAUAGCAAGUGAGGAAUGUUCAGAUGUUGAAAUCAAGGAUGUAACCAAACAAGACGCUGAAAAAUUCUGGAUUGAGGCAGACGACUCAACAGCCGCAGUUGAUGUCGAUAUGGAGCAGUUUAAUGAGGAGGAUUUGGAUGAUUUAUUUUAAGUAUCUCAAUAUUAACAUUGUCUAUCAAAUAAAACGUAGUUUGAGUUCAGAUAUCAAGUAAUA